AUGCCCGGGGUGGUACACCGAAUGGAGGCCGUGUGGAGCCGGUGCGCGCUGGCAAGCUGCGUGGACGUCUGCGCUCCCCUGGACGACAAAAGCAGCCGUCACCAUCGCAGCGGGCGCCCUAUAGGAAACGACGCCCACGAGUUCCACGGUCUGCCCGGCGGCAGCGGCGGCAGCACGCACACACACAAUCAGCGAAUCUGCCAGCUCACCAUCAUAAAUUUGAGCAGCGCCACGCUCUGCCAGUGUUAUGGACAGCAACGCCCCAGGGGCCAGAAGCUCCUUUUCAAACAGGCGAGCAAUGUCGCUCUGACGCUGAUGGCCAACUACAGACGCAAGCGUUCCACAAUAAUCAAGCCAAACGAAUCCGAAAGUGCCAUGCCAACCAUGUGA